AUGAUCGAGAUCGGGCACCAGCACGGUACCGCGGCGCGCGAGCAGGUGCACGGCUCCAAGGCGUUCUACACCGACUUCUUCAAGACCACAGCCAAGCUCGAGUGGGACGCGGUGUGCGACGUUGCAUCCAGGUGGAUGCCCCUUCUCGAAAAGUCAUACCCGCAAUACGUCGACGAGAUGAGGGGCAUCGCCGACGCGACCGAGCUCCCACUCUCGUCCAUCAUCGCCCUCAAUGUCCGCACAGAGGUCGCGUUUGGCAUGUACUCUGACGGGUGCACUUCCCUGGCGUUCCACUCGGCAGACGUCGGCAUCCUUGCGCAGAACUGGGACUGGAAGGGCGGACAGGGUCCCAACCUCAUCCGGCUGAACGUCAAGGCCAACGACGGCCGUCCGGCCAUCUCCAUCAUCACGGAGGCGGGCAUCAUCGGCAAGAUUGGUCUCAGUUCUGCCGGGCUUGGAGUGUGCCUCAACGCCAUCACUGCCCUCGGUGUGUCUCCCGAGCGCCUCCCUGUCCACAUUGCUUUACGUGCAGCGCUCGACUGGUCGGGCGAGGAGAAGGGCAAAGGAGCCGGCAUGGCUCGCCGUAUUGCGGACCGUCUCGAGAAGGCCGGCGUUGCAAGCGCGGGCCACAUCCUCCUCGCCGACGCCGACGAGGCGUUUGGACUGGAGACCUCGUACAUUGACAUUGUCGAGGUACGCAAACACGACGUCCGCGGCGGCAAGGCAGUGCUCCACUCGAACCACUACGUCGAGGCGCACCCUGGCGUCAAGCUCGCUUCCAACGCCAUGCUCGACUCUCCCGCGCGUCUGGACCGUAUCGAGACUCUGAUCAAGAGCGACGAGGGCCCCGUCACCGAGGCCCACGUUGCUGGCUGGCUGUGUGACGAGUGCGACUUCCCAGCGAGCAUCUGCCGCGACAACAAGAGCUUGGGUGGAUCGGAGACUCUUUUCCGCAUCAUCAUGGACCUCAGGACGGCCACUGCAAAGGUCAAGCCUGGCAAGCCGACUGGUGACGGUGAAACGUUUGUUCUUGCGCCCAAGUAA